CAGUUUAAGCAGAUUUCCCAAGCUUAUGAAGUACUGUCAGACCCAAAGAAGAGGGACCUGUAUGACAAAGGAGGCGAGCAGGCCAUCAAAGAGGGUGGCUCUGGUGGUGGCUUCGGGUCACCCAUGGACAUAUUCGAUAUGUUCUUUGGCGGCGGUGGGAGGAUGCAGAGAGAGAGACGAGGCAAAAAUGUGGUCCAUCAGUUGUCAGUAAGUUUGGAAGAUAUGUACAAUGGUGCAACGAGGAAACUUGCACUGCAGAAGAAUGUUAUCUGUGACAAAUGUGAAGGUCGUGGUGGUAAGAAAGGUGCAGUAGAAUGCUGUCCUAAUUGCAGAGGAACAGGCAUGCAGAUCAGAAUUCACCAGAUCGGGCCAGGAAUGGUGCAACAAAUCCAGUCCGUGUGUAUGGAGUGUCAGGGGCACGGGGAGCGUAUCAGCCCCAAGGACCGGUGUAAGAGCUGCACCGGCAGAAAAAUUGUUAGAGAGAAGAAGAUACUAGAAGUUCACAUUGACAAAGGAAUGAAGGAUGGUCAGAAAAUAACAUUCCAUGGUGAAGGGGACCAAGAGCCAGGACUAGAGCCAGGUGACAUUAUUAUUGUCUUGGAUCAAAAAGACCACUCUGUGUUUACAAGACGAGAUGAAGACCUUCUUAUGUCUAUGGAUAUUCAACUGGUUGAAGCAUUAUGUGGCUUUCGAAAGCCAAUCACAACGCUGGAUAAUCGAACUAUUAUUAUCACCUCCCAUCCUGGCCAGGUUGUCAAGCAUGGGGCUAUUAAGUGUGUGUUGAAUGAAGGUAUGCCAAUUUAUCGUAGACCAUAUGAAAAAGGACGUCUGAUCAUAGAAUUCAGGGUGAACUUUCCAGAGAGUGGCUUCCUCUCCUCAGAUAAGCUGUCUUUACUUGAAAAACUGCUACCUACAAGGCAGGAAAUAGAAGAAACUGAGGAAAUGGAACAAGUGGAUUUAGUGGACUUUGAUCCAUCUCAAAAAAGAAAACACCACUAUAAUGGAGAAGUCUAUGAAGAUGAUGAGCAUCACCCUAGAGGCGGUGUUCAAUGUCAGACGUCAUAAACGGGCCAGGGGAUAACUUGUGAUGCUUGUUUUUUAUGCAUUAGUGGAUGAGUGAAGGACUACAAGCAGUUCACCCUCACUUCCUGCUAUUUGUUGUUCUAUCCAGCCAUAGUUGUUUCUAAAAGCAUAAAGAAAUAAAAGUAAAUAAUUAAACUGA